UAUUCUACGCUCUUGUACGUCACAUGAUUCGUUCAUUGAUCACCGUGUAAUCUGUAGUUAGUGGAAAUUUAGUUUUUAAUAAAAAGGAAUUGGUCGUAUUAGAUAUAUAAUGUUGCGAACACGUGUUGCUUAUUCGUUUCUCGGAACAGCUUCCACAGCAUUAACAAUAAUUAUUCUAUACUAUGUCCUCACUGGGAAAGGAGAACGUGUCAGUGUUAGUUGGUUUCUGGAAGAUACCAGUCCUUAUAUGUGGGCAACAGUUGGAAUUGGACUAUCUGUAGCACUUUCUGUAGUUGGUGCUGCUCUAGGGAUCCACACAACAGGUGUAAGCAUUGUUGGUGGAGGUGUGAAGGCACCCCGUAUAAAAACAAAAAACUUGAUAUCUGUUAUUUUCUGUGAAGCAGUAGCAAUUUAUGGUCUAAUCACUGCCAUCGUUUUAUCAGGAAUGCUCGAGCCAUUCACAUUUACAACAGCUAUGGACAAUCCUAAAGUCCGUGGUCAGAACUGGUUGUCUGGUUACUUGAUGUUUGGUGCAGGAGUAAGUGUGGGACUUGUGAACCUGUUUUGUGGUAUAGCUGUGGGAAUUGUAGGCUCUGGUGCGGCUCUUGCUGAUGCAGCUAAUUCUGCGUUGUUUGUGAAGAUUCUUAUUGUAGAAAUUUUUGGCAGUGCAAUUGGCCUGUUUGGUUUGAUCGUUGGAAUUUAUAUGACUUCCCGCGUAAAAAUGGGUGACAAGGUUUAAGUUGGCUGAAGGAGAGUAAUAAUUACAAAUUUAAUGUAUAUAAUAGUGUAUAUUUUUAGUCGAGUGCUCGAGCAUUGGUUGACUUCUAGUCGGCUUUAGAUCUGUGGUGCUGGUGUUAUGUUCCAGUGUAGAUGGACACUUCAAAGUAUUUGUCAUAUGUAAUAUUUGAAGCAUUGAUCAGAAUGUUGUAUGUACGUAAUACCAGAAAUCUCUGCGUACAUUAUACUGAUUUGGAUCCUUGCUUCAUUUGCUCUUUGAUUGUAAAUAAUACGUACAACUUGACAUCCGGAGUAUUUAAGUGUAAAUAUAAUGUCUAUGUGAAGUCAGUGUGCUAAUGGAAGUUCCAAAAUUGGGAAAAUGUGAUGGCUUGAAAAGCAUUCCUGUUCAGCAAUAUUGUAUGACAUUUCUUCCACUUUCGUUAUUUGAUCUACUUUAUAGGAUAUAUUUUCAGUAUCUUAACUAUUGAAGGGCUCGAAUAGUGAUCCAUGGAAGCAAAAAAUUAAUAUAUAGUUUUGCUUUAGUAUCGUUUAUAUUACAGUAGAAAUUUUUAAGUAAAAUAUAUGUUCUCUUCUUGCAUUUAUUCUGUAUAAUAGUCAGUUUCUCAAGUAACGUAAUAUAGUAGACCCUCAUUAUACCGCAGGAGUCAGAGCAGCUUUAUUACCUACAUUAUAAGUGAAAACACUUAUCUAAUUCUCAUGUCCCUCUUUUAGUGGCUAUUCUACAAGAAAUUCGAGACACAUGCCACAUUUUAUAUAUUCAGCCAACUGAUAUUAGUGGACUGUGACUUUAGCCUUUAUACCUGCACACUUACACCAAAGUAUGUGGCUUUAGAGUUAUCCGAAUAACAUACAGCAGUGAAUACUGAGUUGCAGUCAUAUUUUGUAAUAAUUUCUGUGAAAUAAAACAUAACUGUCAUGGGGGGACAUGAUCAUACCCACAGUAUAUCCAAUUCAUUGGUAUAAGAAGGGUCUACUUCUGUAUAUCUAUAUAAAUGUGCCCUGUAGGAGGGCUGUGUACUUAUUGAAAUGUAUGUCACACAACUUGUAUGAUAGAUGAAAGGUGAACUGGUGUUUUAAAUGUGUGUGUGUACGUGUUAAUUCCAGUAAGCAGUAACUGGUUCAAAAACACGUCACUUUUUCUGUCAUACAUGUUACAAUGUAAAUUUUGUUUGGCCCUCUAAAGACUUUGAGGUACCAAAAUGCAGAGUAGUUAAUGUGAAGCUGGCUGUGUUCUGGGAUGUUGCACCGGGUGGUCUGGUAGGUAUUGACUGAUGUUUCAGAGGUGCUUAGGCCUCCGCUGCCCUGAUGAUGGAGACAUUAAGCACCUCAGAAAUGUUGGUAAAUAUCUAUCAAACCUCAUGGCACAACAUCAUAGAAGACAUCUAAACUUGCAGAAAAUUAAUUUGUUUAGUACAUUACUUUUGCAUCACCAAUUAUAUUAUUUUCUGAAUGACAUAAUGCAUUUAUUUUUUCUGUUUGUAAUGUAUUACAGUCUGAACAAAUUGCACAAUAAAUCUAAUGAGUUUGUUUGUA